AUGGCUAUUGACGAUAUGCAUCCUUGUAUUGUUAUUGCCUCUGCAACAGAAUCUAAAACAGAAAACAUCAACGAGUCCUUUGGUACUUCUUCAAUUCGAUUAUGGCCCCGAUGGUGGUGGCAUCGUCAUCACGCACCUUCAAUCGGAUGGUGGUGGCGUACUCACCCAAAAUAUCCAUCACCACCAACUCACGUGAGUGUAACUCCAUCUCCAUCUCCUAUUGAUAAUGCGGCUUCACCAACUCAUGCGGCUCCAUCCCCAGUUGACGAUGAGGUUUUGCCAUCGCACACGUCCCCGGCUCCAACCACUUCUUGCAUAAAGGUGUACGCGUUCACCCACUCCAAGAGGGUACCACUUUUCCUAAGCAAAGUAAGGAACUAUUGCAGUCAUGCGGUUGAUAAUGUGGCUUCACCAACUCAUACGACUCCAUCUCCAUCUCCAGUUGAUAAUGCAGCUUCACUAACUCAUGCGGCUCCAUCUCCCAUUGAUAAUGCGGCUUCGCCAACUCAUGCGGAAACAUCUCCAUCUCUAGUUAAUAAUGCGGCUUCACCAACUCAUGCAGCUCCAUCUACAUCUCUAGUUGAUAAUCCAGCUUCACCAACUCAUGCCGCUCCAUUCCCAUCCCAUGUUGAUGAUAUGGUUUUGCCACCGCACAUGGAUCCCUCUUAA